CCUGCUACAGCAGACGUUCCCCUCACUAGCACAAAAUAUGGAGCCUAUUUCACACCUCAUUAAGGUUUCUGUCCCCGACUAUUUGGCUUCACUGCCGAUUCCGAACUCGAUCGGAGGGUGGUUCAAACUUGGAGUCCGCGAUUGGUUAUCCUUGGUACCACCCACCGCUUUGUUAGCAGGUAUCGGGUUCAUGUCCUACAGGGCAUUCUGUCCUCACGGAAGAUGUCCGCCUCCCACUGCCAUCAAUCCUGCCAUAAAGAAGGACAGCUCAAAGGUUGUUGAUUCCAUCGAUGUAGAGGAUAUCACUGAAAAAGCUGUAUUUUGCCGCUGUUGGAGAAGUGAAAAUUGGCCCUACUGUGACGGAGCUCAUGGGCGACACAAUAAAGAAGCUUGCGACAACGUUGGACCCAUCGUCAUCACAAAGAAGAAAUAAGGUGUGCACUGGUUUGUUGUCUAGUUAGCUGCAAAAUUGAGAUCACACCUCUUGUACUUCAUCAAAUUAUCAUAUCGGUGACUGCAAUAACUUGAACAAUAGCUCAAGUUGAGUAUACCAUGCAAGGUUAACAGAGAUGGAACCAGGCUCUUAAUGUUAUCUCGGCUACCUGUUUUUUCAAGCAUUUUUCAUCCCUUUCCGACUUCUGUAUCUGCAUUUGCAGAUUUUGAGUAGUAAUCGAAGAAAAAGACAACGGUUUUUUCCGAGCGUCUUGAAAACGAAAAUACUCUGCAAUCAAUUUUCUUGGAGAAUUUCUAGCGCGGAAAUUGGAGAUUAUAGCUCUUGCAUUUGAUCUUAAACUACAGAUUCUACUUAUUAAAGUCAAAUGCCAGUUAUUUUUACAUAUGUAUCCACAAUUUACGAAACGUGGCAAAACCAAGAAUUAUCGCAUUUGUUGAAAUCUCUGAGUUACUGUCAUAGUGGCUGUUAUUUAAUAUAUGUCGAACAUUGUUAGUCAGUUUUAAUUAUAGAUAGAUGAAAUUAUAUUCAACAGGUAAUGGGUAAUGUUGUUAAAAUACAACUAUUGAAUUAAAAAAAUA